AUGGUGGAGCGGCAUUCUUGGCUGGAGGAGUAUCGAUUAGUGCGAGGUAGGGCUACUUUUAACUAGACAAGCAUGGUUGUACAUGGUGUUUGAGUGCUUGCUGCGGGGUUGGCGACCGAAAUGUAUCGGACGUUUGCCGAGACCGCCGCGAAAGAUGACGAGUGUUCGGAGGAGAAUGGUAGGGAGGGAGAUUUGGUUGCUGUAUCAGUCUGUCGGGAAAAUAGUGGCGGCUCGUAGCAGCAAAAUGCUUUGCCUCAUCGAAAAAAGGGUGUUGUCAGGCGCCAAAUUCCCAGCUACGGGAAGCCGUUGCAAAGCGAUGAUGUGAGAUUCUAAGGCAUGGGAAAUCCACAUUAUUUUCCCGACAAUUGAUACAAGCCGUUGCAGAAAGCGUAGACUUUUUUAGGGCUUUUUUCGGCAUAGUGAAAGUUGCCUGCUUUCCGAUUCUUUUCGAAAGAUUUUGCGGUUUUUGAUGCGAAAUUGUGCUCACUAUUUUCCCGACAGACUGAUAUAUGUAGUGUCGGCUCAAAAAUAGCCACCAAAUUUGCAAAAAAUUUGAAAAAAAAUCGAAAAAUCCCCCUUUUACCAGCUCUUUUUUCCAGCCGCCCCAAUAGUUCCGCCCGAGGUGGAGACCAACCGGCGCGUGACGCCCCUCCUCCGCAUCGACCACAUGGUGAGUACGGCGUGUGAGACGUCGAACGUGAGCCAUCGAAUGCUCUAUUUGCACGACGCGCGCCGUCAUCUCGACCAUCAUAUGGCGGUGACGAAGCGGAACGCCGAGAAUACGCCGAUGAUCCGGUCGAUCGAGGAGAAGUUGAGUCGAGCGAUGGCCGAGACCAUCGCGAUGGAGCAGAGCGCCGCCGAGAACUUGAUGAAUUGA